AUGCCAAUCCUCCACAUCGUCCUCUUCGAAUUCUCCCCCACAGCAACCGACAUCCAAAUCAAAGACAUCUGCACCCGCAUGCUCUCCCUCUCCCAAACCUGCCUCCACCCAACCUCAAAUCUCCCCUACGUAAAAUCCUACGGAGGUGGAAAGGACACGAGUCCGGAAGGAUUACAAGGAGGAUUCUCGCAUGGGUUUGUGAGUGAAUUUCAAAAUGAGGAGGAUAGGGAGUUUUAUUUGGAGAGGGAUCCGGUGCAUUUGGAAUUUGUUAAGAGUUUGGAGGGGAUUGUUGUGAAUGUUAGGGUUGUGGAUUUUGAGCCGGGGAAGUUCUGA